ACGCUAGAAUAAUUUUGAAAAUUUACAUUUUUAUCGCACCUACCUCACAGAAAGAGAUGGAUUCAUGUAACUACGUUAAAAUAAAAGAGAUAGAACUUUCUAUGAAUGAAAAGGUAAUAAUCAAUCAAUCAUAACACAACAAUUUUAUUUUCUGUAUAAUUAUUUGCGAGUACAUAGUGUGUUAUUUAUUUGUGAAAAUUAAGAAAUUUAUGAAAAUGAAUACUAUAUCUAGUGAACUGAGUAUGCACGAUUUAAACAAUAAGUUUUUUGAGAUAAUGCAAAAUGAAAACAAUGCAGAAGAAGCUGCAAAUUUUAUAUACGACAGUGUUUGUGACGAUGUGACCCUAGGAUUUAUUUUCGAGUUCCAUCAUGGCCUGAAGACUGGCCUCACGGACUUGAUAGAAGGUGAAAAGGAGGAAGAGGAGCCCUACAAGAUAGUGAGCACUCCAGAAUGUGACGUUUUUGGUUUCUCAAUAAUGAAAAAGACUCCUGACUCAAACUGUUCCUGUCCUAAUUGCGAAAGACCGGUUUCUGCUACUAGAUUCGCUCCCCAUCUAGAAAAAUGCAUGGGUAUGGGCCGCAACAGCUCCCGUAUCGCGUCCCGUCGCAUUGCUUCAAACAGUCGUGAGCCCACAUCAUACGCGGGGCUCCUGAGUGACGACGAGGAUGACGUCGACUGGUCCGGCGGCUCCGUGCAGAACGAGCGGAGGAAACGCAGGAUCAAAAACAAUAACAAUAGGAAAUCUAACAAAUUACAUAAGAACAACAACGGGACGCAAAACUCGGACGCGAACGACGGCGGCGCAACCUACGAAACGAUGACGGCAAACGAAAAGAAGAACCUUUUGUUGCAGAUAUGUGGCGUUGUCUCUGAACAUACUAAGAAAUUAUGUACUAGAUCAACUCGUUGUCCGCAACACACUGAAGAGCAACGCCGCGCUCUCCGCAACAGUGUCCUAGAACCUUCGACCCCGGAGUCUCAGACCAUGGGCCUCACAGCCGAGGAGGCCGGCUCCCCCCCAGACUCCAGCCCCUCCUCCUCCUGCUCGUCAUCAUCCCGCAAGAGAGACCGCCACCGAGCCCCACCCAAAACCAAAAACAAGAGGGAAAGGAAUAUAUCCCCUAAUAUAAGGGAUUAAGGACUGAUUAGGGUAAGCGUCUGCUAAACCCCAUAGGUAUUAGUUAGCUCAAGGUUUGUAAGUACAGGGAGGUGUGGAGAUGGUUGUUUAUAUAUCUUAUUAUCUGCGCCACGUGGUGUUACCAGCGUUAAAAAAUAUCUGUGCACUACUACCAUACCAUUUCGACUUUGUAAUGUAAGUCGGUUUCAAUAUAAAAGACGAAACCUCUAAGAAUCUUAUCAAAUUUUGUAAAUCUUUUUAUAUUUGACAAUGCAAUUGUUUCAAAAUAAUAAGCUUAUUUGCCUUUAAAAGACAAGUAAAACCGCGUGACACAGUUAGUCAGAAAUAUAAAUAAUCAUAGAACAGCCUCGGGAGAGUAAAUAUAUGAAAAAGGUAUGGAACUAUGUAGCGUUUGCACGCUUUAUAAGAUAUGUUAAAUAGGACAGAUGUUUAAAUGUAAAAUACAUUCAGUUGGAUCUUUUUAACCGUCACUGUUAAAACGUCCCGACUGAGAGACACUGGGGUUGCCAGGAAAGAAAUGUGGGUAGUUUGACUUUGUUUUAAACAAACGCUUCUUAUACAAAUAUAGUCCCAACGAUAGCUUUCAACUGUUAUUACAUAAGUACUUAUAAUUAGAAAUUAGAAUGAAAAAAAAAACUACGUAAUUGUUGAAAAUCUAAAUAAACGCUUAUUCCUUGACAGAAUUACACAAAUAUUAAUAAAAGUUCCUAAAGUUUACUCUCAAUAAGUAAUAAUUCAAGUUUAUUCCAUGUACGACAAUAAUAUGACAACUAUAAACGAGGUUUUUAUGUCUGGGUUCGUUUUUCUCUUUGACGGUUGAUCGGUCGACGAACAUGAUUGGCUAGAACAGUUUGUCGCACGUCAAUAGUAACAUUAAAGGGCAUUUACGAUGGCACCAUUUGGGAUAGCUUGAUUUGAGUUUAAUACAUCAGAAAGCUAGAAAAUAUACAUUCGCAUCAUCCACUUAUGUAUUUCAUCAGCUCCUUCGCUGACAACUUGUAGUUGACAAGUCUUGAGUCAAGUCAGUCAAGUCUUGAGUCAAGUCAGUCAAGUCUUGAGUCGGUGCUCUGGGCUUUCAAUCCUGGGUCAUGAUUUAGUUUUACACGUGAACCAAUAUGAAUCUUAAAUGUGCUUAAAAGGCCUUAAAGAAGGUUCUUUAAACUAGUUUAAAUUAAAAUAACUGGCCAAUCUCUGAAUAAAGAAUGGCCUGCUGGGUCCAUUUCUCCACGCUAGCUCACUGCGGAGUAGCGUUUUCAAAUUGCCGUAGUUUUAAUACAAGUUUAUUGCCUAUGUUUUCAAACAAGAUUAAAUUUUACACCAAUACAUUCGGCGCUUUAACAUGGCCUGGAAUGCCCAUAACAUAGACAAAACUCUUAUGCCAAUGCAGUAAAGUCCAAUUUUCUCAUUACUCUGGUUACAAUUGACGUGUGGCGACUGUAUCUCAAACGGUGCGCAUUAAAUUAUUAUAUUUGGUGUAUACUUUAAAUGUUGCCAGUGUAUGACAACUUAUGAAAAUAUUAUUGUCCAUUAAAUGUUAUUGUAAAAUGUAACUUAUCUACAUUUAUAGUAGGUCUGCUUUUAUUCUAUUAAUAAAACCAGCAUUUAUGUGUGUGUUAGUGUGAUAUAAAUAAUUUGCGAUUUUUUAUGCUCGUUGCGAUUGUCAUUGAACAAGGUGCAAGUAAAGCUAUUUUGCAACUAUGUUACUUUUGUAUUGUUUUCGGACAAAAUAUCAGACACAAACUUACUUUUAGAAUAAAAGCAAAUCUCGAUUACAUUGGUGUUGCUCCGAAUUACAAUUAUCGAUAAUAGUUAUAGAUAAUAAUUAGGCGCAAACAAACAGUUAACAUUUCUAAACUAUAUGAAAUCAAAUAUUUAUAAAAAUAACUGCAGUAUUCAUAAAAUGGUGCUUGCUAUUGUACUGUCGAAUUCAAGAACAAAAAAGUCUAAUUGGAAGUAAUUAUGAGUUGCCCAGAUAGGUACUGAUGGUGGCACUUGGCAUGGCUAUUGGUUAACGCUAUUAAAUAUUCGUUGUUGUUUUAUAUAUGACGUAUUCGCAAACAUGCAAAUACAAGCGCAUAAAUGGGAGUUGAACACAAACAAGAAAUAAAUCAUACCUAGAUAUCGAUUCAGUCAAUUAUCCAAUACAAGAGUUCUUAAUCAUGACCUGAGGCGGAUGAGGGGUUGUCACCUAGCAACCCCGAUACCGUGACAGCUAAACUAAGAAAUCAGUCGGGCGACUCCGGUAAAUAUGCGUGAGUAAAAUGUUAUCAAACAAUUAUUAAUCCGCCACACCAAGUCCUUUUAUUAACUUCUACACCAUCCAUGCUUGGCGAACAUAUACCAAAUAGAAUAAAGGUAGAUAAAGCCAUGUGAAGUUCCAUCAUAAGAUGUUCUUUAUCGUCUGCCUCAUAGACAAGUAUCCUUUCUACAAUUCUUCAAAGCUAGUUCUCAUAAUAAUACAAGCUUUGCUUAGUUUGAGACUAGAUGGCGUUGUGUGAAAAAGUUAUUAUUAAUUAAUAUUUAUGAGC